AUGACCACACUUUCCGAGGUCGUGUCUCAAGCCAUAGAGCUACAAUCUCAACCCCUUACCGACGGCCUCACGUUUGGCGAAAGCCCUCGAUUCCACAAUGGCAAGCUCUACGUCAGCGACAUGAUGGGCCGGAAGAUAUACACGAUUGACCCCCGUACCGGUAGCAAAGAAGUCGUGGUCGGAGUCGAGCAAUGCCCGAACGGAAUGGCCUUCCUCUCGGAUGGGUCUCUCAUUUAUUCGUCCAUGUUCGACGGCAAACUAUACCGAUUGGCCGAUGGCGUGUCCGAGCUCUACGUGGACUUGGCUUCUGUUCUGGCCGGUUAUCCUGGGGACAUGGUGAUUGAUCAGAACGACAGGGUCUACGUCGACGAUGUUGGUUCCCGCGUGCUGCACGGAGAGCCCAUGAGCCCUGGUCGAGUGAUCAUUGUCGAGCGUGAUCGAUCGAUCCGGACGACGCUGGAAGGGACUGCAUUCGCGAACGGAGUCGCUAUUGACAGCUCGCAGCGACGACUCUACCUUUCUGCGAGUGGAGCACGGACAGUGAGUGUAUACGAUAUCGACCAAGGGGGAGAUCCGCAGCACGGAGAGGUCAUUCUGGACCUGGGUAAGUUUCCGGAUGCGAAGGAGUUCACGAUGUGUGAUGGUCUGUGCAUUGAUGCCGAAGAUGCCCUGUGGCUGAGUCUGCUGGAGUCCGAGAUGUUUGUCCGACGAGACCGAAGUGGACGCUUCACUCACGUUGUUCAUACUGACGGUCACGCCGUUGCUUGUGCGCUGGGAGGGGAAGACGGGAAGACGCUCUACAUGCUUACGAAUACCAGUCCGAAAGAAAGGAGCCUUUUUGAGGCGAUGGCAAAUCGGGAGACGCGUUGCACGAUAACAACCGCACGGGUCAGUGUUGGUCGGGGUAAAGGACGGCCAUGA